CCAGGUCGUCGACGUGCAGCAGGGCGGGGCCCUGACGACGGAGGAGAGCCUGCGGCUGGGGCUCUCUGCGGCCAGCUCGGACAGAGGGGCCGCGGCUGCUCACGCGGCUGCGGGGACGUCGUACAGCCAGAUCUGCAUGGCGAGCCUGGGAACGCAGCUCCCGUCGACCACGGCAGUCUCUUCGACCACCCUUACAUCAUCACCGGCUCGUUUGUCCACGCGCACUCGCAUUGAAAACGGCAUCAUUACUACAACGAUUACAACGACCAGGCUAGCCACCAGCCGUCCGAACAGUUCAACUGCCAGUGUGACUACGGCGUCUAUGGUGACGGGGGUAGCCUCCAUGAUCCAGUCGAACACCUCACAUGCCAAUACGACCAGAGUGGCCGCAACCGCGUCGACAUCCACCACCAUGACGAUAACACGUACGACUACACCGAGCACGCGCAGCACGGCUACUGAAAUCAAAGUUCGGCCCACCGAAGUAUUCAGAGCAUCUGUCCUCAACUCAACGGUAUCUUUUGCCUCGCCAGCAACAGCGUCCAGAACGCCCGAGAGAGCUGAAGUGAGCUCAUGGCUGGGCUGCUUCGAGUAUGAUAGGUCAGACAUGAGGCACUUCUACGAGCACUUCGAUGAGCACUUUUACGAUAGUUCCUCGACCAAUGACUGCAGCGAGAGGUGCCAUGAGUAUGAGUUCAUCGCCGUGCACAACGAGAAGCUCUGCAUGUGCAUGCUGAAGCGGCCAGACCCCCCGCAGUUCGAACUCGUGGCCGACCUCCGCUGCGGCAGCAUCUGCCGCGGCGAGACCCACAUGCUGCCAGAGCGCUUCUGCGGAACGUCGGAGACGUAUGCUGUGUACCGGAUCAGGCAGACGCCGCAGCAGGCGGGCGCCGCAGCCCUAAGCCCUGGCGCAUCGGGAAUUCUGCCGGAGGCGG